AUGACGAGGCCGGGAGCCGCCAACCGCCAUUGUUACGUUGCUGUUGCCGCCGUCGGAGGAGCUGGAACGUGGUUUCCGUCGUCGAGGAACCCCCCCUCUGCUCGGUUACAGAUGACACUAUCACUGUUUGGAACAAAACAAUUCGAUGAUGAAGAUAAUAUUAGACCAUGGGCAGUUCAACAGGCUAUUAUGCAAACAACACAUGCAGACUUACUUUUUAAAGUAAACAUUUUUGGUCUGCAGUGUAAUACACUAUGUCAGUCAAUGAGCAUGGGAACAUGUGACCUUUCCAUGUUAUCAAAGGUUACAAAAGACUUGGAUCUAAGUCACAUCGAUUGGUGUGGAUAUGUUUUUGAUUACCUUAAGGACACAAGAAGUGCAUGGAAUCCAUACAGCAAAAAAGGAUUAUAUGUUGGGCCAAUUAUCUUUCUUUUGCUGCUAUACGUAGAAAGUGUACGAUGUGAUUCAGUAAAGAUUGUACGAGGCAGACCAGCAAUAUGUUUUUGGAAUGUUGAUAAACUGCGUGAGCGAGAAAGAGUUGAGUGUAGGACAAUAGGUUUGGGUAUGGGUGAAAUGCAAGAACCAUUUCAAGUCAUCAAUGAAUCAGCUGCUACUGGUAAUAUAGUUCAUGAUACAGUUCAGACCAAUGAAGCAGGAGAAGGUGUGAAAUUAAGUGAUGGAAGCUUUACGGGAAAUGAAGGAAAAGAAGAUUUUAAUGGAUGUGGUGACACGGUUGAGGAUUAUGCAGACUUCGUGAAUGGAUCUACAAGAAAGUAUUUUCAUAGUACACCGUCAUCUAAAAUGGAAAUGCCAAUUCCUUUGUCUGUUGUUCCAUUCAUAAAUGAACAUAAGGGGCUUAAUAGAAGAGGGGACAGGCCUCGCAUGAAGUCCGAUUAUCUCCAAUCUCCUUACAUUAUGUGGGCUGUUGAUAUCACGAAACGAAUUCCACGACCAGAAAAACAUGUAGCAGACUGGAUAUUCUCUCUAGGGGAGCCAAUGUAA